AUGGGGCGACCAGGCGGGGGCGGCGAGCACCGACAGGCGGCGACGGCGAGGACCGGCAGGCGGCGACCAGGCGGCAAUGGCGAGCACCGGCAGGCGGCGACCAAACGGCGGCGAGGACCGGCAGGCGGCGACCAGGCGGCGGCGGCGAGCACCGGCAGGCGGCGGCGGCGAACACCGGCAGGCGGCGACCAGGCGGCGGCGGCGAGCACCGGCAGGCGGCGACGGCGAGGGCCGGCAGGCGGCGACCAGGCGGCAAUGGCGAGCACCGGCAAGCGGCGACCAAACGGCGGCGAGGACCGGCAGGCGGCGACCAGGCGGCGGCGGCGAGCACCGGCAGGCGGCGGCGGCGAGCACCGGCAGGCGGCGACCAGGCGGCGGCGGCGAGCACCGGCAGGCGGCGACGGCGAGGGCCGGCAUGGGGCGACCAGGCGGGGGCGGCGAGCACCGGCAGGCGGCGGCGGCGAGGACCGGCAGGCGGCGACCAGGCGGCGGCGGCGAGCACCGGCAGGCGGCGGCGGCGAGGACCGGCAGAUGAUGCAGCCUGCACUCGAUCCGGCGACCUGCGGUCCUGUGUCGCCACUACCUCACCCCGACCCCGAGGACCUGCACCCGUUGCCUCAGCCAGCACCAGCUGGACAACAGACGUCCUUCAAUGAUGGUCCACUCUACGCUGCAGCCUACCAAGGCGCUGCCAUUCCACAUCCUGACUCCAUUGCAGGUGAUGAAAAGUUCAGUGCCACGCACAACUCUGGACCAAUCAGCAACCUCCGCGCCGCCGACAAUGAGAUGGGCUUCCUUGUUGUGAGAAGUGGAGGCCAGUUCAUUUUCAGCAUUGGUGUGUGA